AUGCCUGAAACACACAUGUCAUAUUCUUUUUUGAAGAAGCUCUUGUCUUUAUUCAAUGGCUUCACGGCUAUGUCUGGGAUGGUCCUCACUGGCUUGGGUCUCGGGGUCAAGUAUGGAGAGGCCACACUGACGAAGGUCCUCGGGAUGUCCUCUGCCUACCUCUUUCAUUUCGGCUUCCUGAGCCUGGGAAUGGGAUGCCUCACUAUAGUGCUCAGCCUUGUUGGGUGGUAUGGGACAAGCAAGGAAAGCAGAUGCACACUCCUGAUGUAUGUGAUGUUCCUGGUUAUCAUUGUCAUCCUGGAAGUCGUGGUGGCCUCUGUGGUGCUUGUGUUCUUCCCACUUGUUCAAGACAUAGCCUCGGAGCACACCUUGCUGAGCCUGAGGAGGAACUACCGAGGUUACAACGAGCCUGAUGACUUCUCCGCACAGUGGAACAUCGCCAUGGAGAAGCUGAAGUGCUGUGGGGUGAAAAACUACACUGAUUUUGCUGGCUCUUCCUUUCAAGUGACAACAGGCCAGACCUACCCCAGGGGCUGCUGUAAAUCCAUAGGCUCUGCAAACUGCAAUGGGUACAACGUGUCCUCAGAUGUCAUCUACCAGGAGGGCUGCUUUGUCAAACUUCUGAAAAUCACCAGGUCUCAGAGCUUCACCCUGAGCGCAGUCUCCUUGGGGGCUGCAGCAGUGCAGCUGCCGGGAACUCUUGCCACCUUACUGCUGUUCAUGAAGCUGGGCUGA